AUGGCACAAUCGAAACCUAAUGGACUGUUUGCGAUGGUGGAACUCAAUUACCAAGGGGAAUUUACUCGUAAUCAUUUCUCUUACACUGGUGGUGUGAAAACCAUGGUCAAUGAUGUUGACUUUUCUUUUAUGACUUAUUCUGAGUGUGUGACCUUCUUCGAACACUUCAUGCAUGAAGAUUGUAAAACGUUGUACUACGGUGAACCAGGCAUUUCCCUUAUGCAAGGGCAUGCUGCUUUUAUUUUUGAUGCUUAUGGAACAGAUGGUAUAAUUUAUGUUUAUGUUGAUCAUAUUGGAGUUGGUGUUGAUGGGUGGUUUGAUGAUGAAGAUAAUGAUGAUGAUGGACGUGACUCUUGUAUUGAUGGUGAAAAUGAAGAUAAUAUAGAUGAACUUAGGAAUGUUGAGUUGGAAUUUAAUGAUGAUGUAGUGCAUAUGAAUAUGACAUCAAAUGAUCCUUUCUAG